AGUGUGAAAACCAAGACCUCAAACACCUAUAAUAUAUCAUCUCAGUUUUGGCUUUGAGCCCCACAGGUCAGGUCCAUCAGCCAGUUUUACUGUUCAGUGUUUGAUCUAACUUCAGCGAUGGAGAAUGCGACUAGUACUCUCAGCAGUGCCAAUUACAAUUUCAGUUCCACCUUAUCAUGGAGAACAACAAGUGAGAUGAUGAGAGAUUCCACAACUGAUGUAUUCAGCACCUUGGACUACUCCGGUUAUUAUAUUGAUGAUUUGGAAAACCAUGCACCCUGUAAAUAUGGAAACCAUGCAAACAAUUUCCUACCAGUGCUCUAUUCCCUGUUCUUUGUGGUGGGCUUCCUUGGCAAUGUGCUCGUUGUGUGGGUCAUCCUGGUGGGUGCUCAGCUGAAAAGCAUGACAGAUGUUUGCCUUCUGAACCUGGCCCUAGCUGACCUGCUCCUGGUUUUUACUUUUCCCUUUCUGGCCCAUUAUGCUAACCAUGACUGGAGUUUUGGGAAUGCCAUGUGCAACAUAGUCCUCGGCAUUUACUAUGUUGGGUUUUAUGGUGGCAUCUUCUUCAUUAUGCUGAUGAGCGUUGACAGAUACUUGGCGGUAGUCCAUGCUGUGUUUGCUCUGAGGGUCAGAAACAAGUUGUGUGGGAUUUUGGCCAGUGUCGUUAUCUGGAUCAUAUCUGUUGCAUCAUCUUUCCCUGAGCUGGGCUACCUUCAGAUUGAAAAAUACAGAAAUGAAGUACUUUGCAGUGCAUACCCAAAUGAUGACAAUUCGCAUUACUGGAAAAUUGUUGGCCUGUUUAAAAUGAAUGUUUUGGGCCUGUUGAUUCCACUGAGCAUCGUGGGAUUCUGCUACUCAAUGGUGCUACGGAGGCUCCUCACAGUCCGGGCAGGCAAGAAACAUGCUGUGCGUCUCGUCAUUGUGGUCGUGGUGGUCUUCUUCUGUUGCUGGACACCGUACAACAUCGCAGCAUUCCUCAAAGGCCUGGAAUUGAAGAAAGUCAUAGAAACAAAUUGCGAGAGCAGCAAGGCAAUUCUGUGGAGUCUCCAGAUCAGUGAAGCUGUGGCGUACUCACACAGCUGCCUGAAUCCCUUCCUCUACGUGUUUGUAGGAGAGAAGUUUAAGAGGCACCUCAUCAGGCUCCUGCGUCGCACACCUUGCAUCAAGGUGAAGUUCAUGAAAGACUACCUGACCCAGGCAGCAGGGUCAGUUUAUUCGCAGACAACCAGCUUGGAUGAGCGUUCGACUCAUAUUUAAACAAGAGCUCUCAGAGACCCAAUCCAACAUCUCAUAUCACAAAUAAGAUAUCACUUUCAUUUUCUGCUUUCAUUUUAUUUGGCUUCUGAUGAGUUCUGUGUGUUAUAUUUUUACAGAAGUCCCUGUACAAACAAAACCAGUUGUAAUACAGCAUCAGAAUACUGUUAUAUGUCUCUUUGUGAAAUGUUCAUCAUAUUUAUGUUCUCUUGUAAUACUGUAACUGAGAUGCUGUUUCUUGGCCUGCAUCUCCUGAAGUGAAGGAAGUUUAAAAGGUGGCUGAGUGAAAAAUAUGUAAAUACUUUGUAAAUAAAACUAAAUAUAAAAAUA